CUCAGGAUCUUGCUUGGGGAUCCGUGGGAUGACUAUGACUUCAUUCGUUACCUUGGACAGGAUAUGGUUGCAAGACGAAAAGCCUCGUACUUUAAGCUUGUUAAUAUCCGACAAUGCCAGAGCUCCGACGCCUUGGAGCAGUCUCGUCUUCUUUCUAGCAUUCAGCAUCCUAAUAUUGCAACUGUCUGUGGUCUCUACUGCGACGGCGACAAGAUCUUUCUAGUUACAGAACAUUUUCAUAUCUCUAUAUUGCAGUUAGAACUCCAGAAGUACGAGUUAGAGGAAUGGGAGAUAGCUACAAUCAUCGUCGAGGUUCUCAAGGGGAUAGCUUAUAUCUCCUCACUGAAACUCUCUUGCAAAAACUUUUCAGGAGCAAAUGUCGGAUUGACUCUAGCUGGAGAGAUAAAACUUGGUGAGCUC